GCCAGGCAGGAGCCGGACCUGGACGCGCCGCGCCCACGGACGGCCGCCCCCCAUGCAGCCGCUGCCGCCGCCGCCAGAGGAAGCCCGCAGGGACGGGGCCGAGGACGCCCAGUGGUCCAGGAAGGAGGCAGAUGUCAUGGGCAUGAGCCCUUCUUCACUGAGGAAACGGGCUCGAAGAGGCCAGUCCACAGCCCCAACCAGAGCCACACGCAGGCUCACCGUGGCUGCUGCGGCCCCCAGCGUGGCAGGGCACCACAGAUGGCAGGCCCGAAUGCCAGGUGUGGACAGGGACGCUGCUGCUGGGCACGUGCCUGCUGUACUGUGCCCGCGUCAGCAUGCCCGUGUGCACCGUCUCCAUGAGCCAGGACUUUGGCUGGAACAAGAAGGAGGCCGGCAUCGUGCUCAGCAGCUUCUUCUGGGGCUACUGCCUGACGCAGGUGGUGGGCGGCCACCUGGGGGACCGGAUCGGUGGUGAGAAGGUCAUCCUGCUGUCCGCCUCCGCCUGGGGCAUUCUCACCGCCGCCACCCCACUGCUCGCCCAGCUCAGCAGCGCCCACCUGUUCUUCAUGACCUUCUCUCGCAUCCUCACAGGUUUGCUCCAAGGCGUGUACUUCCCGGCACUGACCAGCCUGCUGUCCCAGAAGGUACGAGAGAGCGAGCGAGCCUUCACCUACAGUGCCGUGGGGGCUGGCUCCCAGUUCGGGACGCUGGUGACGGGGGCAGUGGGCUCCCUGCUCCUGGACUGGUAUGGCUGGCCAAGUGUCUUCUACUUCUCCGGCGGGCUCACCCUGCUGUGGGUGUGUUACGUGUACAGGUACCUGCUGAGUGAACAAGAUCUCAUCCUGGCCUUGGGUGUCUUGGCGCAAGGCGUGCCAGUGUCCAGGCACACCAAAGUUCCCUGGAGACAGCUUUUCCGAAAGCCUUCUGUCUGGGCGGCCAUCUCCUCCCAGCUGUCUGCUGCGUGCUCCUUCUUCAUCCUCCUCUCCUGGCUGCCCACCUUCUUUGAGGAGACAUUCCCCAGCUCCAAGGGUUGGGUCUUCAACGUGGUGCCCUGGCUGGUGGCGAUUCCCGCCAGUCUGUUCAGCGGGUUUCUCUCUGACCAUCUUAUCAAUCAGGGUUACAGGACCAUCGCUGUGCGGAAGUUCAUGCAGGUGAUGGGCCUCGGGCUGUCCAGCGUCUUUGCUCUGUGUUUGGGUCACACCUCAAGCUUCUGUAAGUCCGUGGUCUUUGCAUCAGCGUCCAUUGGCCUGCAGACCUUCAACCACAGCGGCAUUUCGGUCAACAUCCAGGACCUGGCCCCAUCCUGUGCCGGCUUUCUGUUUGGUGUGGCAAACACAGCUGGGGCCUUGGCAGGUGUCGUGGGCGUGUGCCUGGGGGGCUACCUCAUCGAGACCACAGGCUCCUGGACGUCCAUGUUCAACCUGGUGGCUGCCGUCAGCAGCCUGGGGCUGUGCACCUUCCUGCUAUUUGGAGAGGCCCAGCGAGUGGACCUGAGCCCCACCCACGAGGACCUCUAGCCGCCCCAGCCUGACCGUUCCUUCGGUGCUGUCUGCCUUGGGGUGACGGGCUCUGUCCGAGAGCCUCCCUCCCACCCCUGACCCCAGAUGUGUGAGCAGGGGGAAGGCGAGCCCUAGCCAAGCCGGGCUGCCCUGGGUGGGCCUCAUUUUCUCCAGCGAGGGUGAUCGCGCCCUCCCCUCAGGGUUCGUGGACUGUCAGGGGUGAGUGGAGUUAGUGUUUUUAGUGGUGGCUGUUUACACACAGUCUGUUCUGUGUAGAUCCACGUGCCCCUGAGGUCACCAUGGUGGGAGCUUUGCCCGUCACUGCAGGGGCUGGGCACUGCUGGGCUGGACUCUUCCCCCCAGACCUGCUCUGCUUUGCUUCUCAGCACGUGGGGCCAGAUCAUUCUUCGUGGGGUGAGGGGGGCUGUCCUGUGCACUGGGGCUGCAUCCCUGGCCCCCAUCUACUAGGUGACCCCCCCCAGUCAUGACAACCAACACUGGCUCCUGGCAUCACCACAUGUCUCCAGGGGAGCUGCCCUGGGUGGGACCUGCAGCUCUCAUGAAGGCUGUUAGGGGCUUUUAGGGGCUGUUAGUGGCAUUUCUGCUUCUCCAAGUCCAGUGUGUGGGCCGUGGGCUAGACACCCUUGCCCACCUUUGGGGACCCCCCCCCCGACAUCCCCUGUGGGUCCCUUGGCACUGGUGAAGUGUUCUGCCUCCCUUGGGCCCGCUGAUGCCAGCAGUAAGGGGACUGUGGGUCCCUCUCCUGCCCAGGGCGCUCCACAGGACCAGGGAGCCCUCCUGCAUCGUCCUUCUCUCCUACCAGAGGAUCUGGUCAUCUCGGGAAUUAAUAAAAGAUCCUGCAAGAUGUAUACAUAGAAAAAAGAAUCUAAGAAUGUGGAAAAAUCACCCCAGACUUAUUUAAAUGAUGGCUAUUAAACUGGA